AUGGGCAAGCCACGCAGAGAGCCGUACGUCAAGCGGCCCUCGCCGCUCGGAAAGGUACACCUCACACGCCCCAUCUCGCAAGCUCCGCCGACAGCAGCAGGCGAUCCCAUCUUCUGGAAACGCUUCUCGGUUGCGGUGCGCGAGGCGGAGAAUGCGGACCUGGAGGGCGGGAGGAACGAUUCUACGAGUACGAUUGAGUUGAGGAAGAGGUCGGAUCCCAACGACUGGCUCGCUCAGCAGCACCAGAAGAAGCGCAAUUGCCGGUACGUCUGCAUGGUCAUUACGCUCCUGGUCGUGGCACUGGUCACUGGCGCCGCGAUAGUGGGAUGGUGGUUCACGCAGGGCCCUGGGAGGAAGUAG